AUGCGACGACACGCGGGGUCGUUGCAAAUGGAAUUCGUCGCGCGGGCGAUCGCGGUGGCGGAUAAGACGAGCGCGAUCGUCGAGACGUGGCUCGAUGAUCGCAGCGACGCCGUGGAGCGGUUGGCGUCGACGCAGGCGAGGUUUCAACGCGAGUGCGCGGCGCUGAGAUUACAGCUCGAGAAGGCGCUGGCCGCGGCGCGGUCGGCGAAGCGAAACGGCGCGGAGGACGCGAAAGAGGCGGUGUUGCGAUGCGUCAAGGGGUGCGAAGCGCUGAGAGUGGGGUUGUUGAGAGAUAUGCGCGCGCUCAGCGCGCACUUGACGGCGGAAGAGGCGCAGUUGAGUCGGAAAUUUGUGACGGAGUGGCGCGCGCUCGAGGACGCCGGGAACGAGGCGCUGCGAGCGUCGAUCGAUUUCGAUAAGUUAAUCGCACAAGACGCGACGCGCAUCGACGCCACGGCACUGUUAGCGCUAGUAGAGGAUUGCACUGGAUGUGCGGCCGUGGGCACGAUCGCGGACCCGCGCGCACUCGUCGAGGCGUACGAAAACGAGUGCGUAUUGAUGUGCGCGCGGCGAUUGCACAACUUCGUCGCCAAGCCGCCGCCGCGGGGGGGCGAGGAAUUAUCCGCGGUCGUCAAGGCGAUGAAACUAGAAUCACAACCGAGUGCGUCGCCAUCGACGGGCGAGGGUUCGACGACGCCCGCGGCACCGUCGACGCCCGCGAAGCGUCGCGAAGAAGCGGCGAAGACGCGCGAAUCCGUCGCUUUAGAGUUCGCCGCGCACCUCCGCGGCUAUUUCGGCGCGCGCGACGACGCGCGCGCCGUCUUAGACGACUUAGAAGACGCGUGUGCCGAUUUCAUCGCCGUCGGUAUCGCGCAGUAUUAG